ACUCGCUCGCUUUCACAGUCCAGCCACAUUCGUUGUUGCUCAACAAAAACCAAAAAAAUACCAAAACAUUAGCCCUUAAUUCAUUCCCCGGAAUCCAAAUCUUAAUACCGUCAACAUGAAGGCCGCCACCGUUCUCGCUGUUGCUUUCGCCGCUCUGGCCCAGGCCCAGACCCGCGCUGAUAUCCCCAGCUGCGCUCUGCCCUGCCUCGACGAUGCCGUCAAGGCCAACACCAAGUGCUCUACCACCGACUACGCCUGUAUCUGCAAGGACUUCAGCGCUGUCCAGACCGCUGCCACCUCCUGCGUCAUCUCCAAGUGCGGUGCUGAUGUCGCCCUGAACAAGGUCCUCCCCGCCACCCAGGCUCUCUGUGCCAACCCUGGCUCCGGCUCCUCUGCCGCUGGCUCUUCUUCUGCCGCUGCCACCAGCGCUGCCCAGACCUCUGCUGCCCAGACCUCCGCUCCCGCCAGCUCUGCUCCUGCCAGCUCUGCUCCCGCCAGCUCUGCUCCCGUCAGUUCUGCUCUCCUGCCCGGCCUUGCCAUGCUCGCCCUCGGUGCCCUUGCCCUGUAAGGGAUUUGAAAACUCAAAGAUACCCAAAGGCGAGAUGUCACGAAUGGAGACGAGGUACGGGAUGGGAGGAAUCAGGAUGGAAUGGAAUUGGAACAGUUAGUGCGCUGGAAAGGCUUUAUGGUGUUAUGAACUACGAGCUGGACCCUAUACGACAUAUGUUGUUGGAUUUGGAUCAUCCGCCCCCUCGCGGGCGUGUAAUACACAAAAUAUAACCAGUUUACUGGCUUUAAUGCUAAUGUCUGCGGACGAUUUUUAUUUUUCAAUGCUUG